AUGGCGGGGAAAUCACUCACAGAGAACGAGCUGACUGCUCUUUCUAGGCUUCAAUUAGGACUUUCGCCCACUACGCUAGUGCCGCCGGCGUACCUACAGGAGUUGAAGCUGCACAUCCUGUCUUGCCCAGAUGAUAUCAAUUUCCGAAUCGAGACCCAACCCGGAGUAAGCUCCGGCAUCCUCACUUGCCUUGAACAAGGCUGUGAGAAUUCGACUAUCCAGUUGGCGCCUCUUGAAUCCGGAGAUGGUGGCGCGACGGCUGGCGUCGGAACCCUCGGCGCAUACAGGGUGCACAUUGCCAGUCACCCUACGCACCAACGCGAACGCCAGGCCCGCGUCAGAGCCGCGGGGAUGGGUCAUGCGCCGUUGGACAGUGCCGCAUCGCGCCCAUCUGGCGUCGAGACGGCGAGGCGAGGACACACGCCAGUCUUCGAAGAACCUAAAUCGAACUCAGCGUCACGUGUGAAGCCGUUGGGAGGCUCCCGAACUCAGAACACGGGCAAGACUAAAGCUGCCUCGCGCUCGAGCCUUCCUGGCCGUACCCCUUCGUUUUCCGCAUCUGGAAAUCAGAAUUACGGACUGGGAUCGCAGGAGUCGCAGGUCCACAGAGGAUCAACCGGCCGGGUUUUUGCACAGCCCUCGUCGACGCCAACAGGCGCGCAAACCGGUGCCAGUCAUAAUGCGCAUGCGACUGGCGGUUCAUCGCUAUUGGCAAAGUUGGAUCUCGCGAUCAACAACCUCAACGGCUCGCAGCGCAAACCGUCCACUGCCCGCCGCGAAGCCCAAUCCUCGCCCUCGCGUUCCGUCAGCCAUAAAAGGCCGCGGAUCGAACCGGCCCUCCGAUCGUCGUCCCCUCCGCCUUCUUCCAGCCCGCUUCAGCAACCAGUCCGGAUGGAGAUUACGCGUCACAAUGCGGUUGCAAGUGGAAGCGGCCGUUCGUCCUGGCCGUAUGCCUCAGGAUCGCGGCCCGGUACUUCGUCGUUGGCAGGUGCGCUCGGCGCUCAACCGGCCUUCACGCCGUACGGGCUGAACCGGGUGAAGAAGGAGGAGUCACCACCUCCCUCACAUUUGUUGUGGUCCUCCGCUGGUCCACGCAUCGAGAACAACAGUAACGGAGCCGUGAAGAAAUCCGACGAGGACAAACCUAGCUCCCAAUUGUUGGCUGCUUUGGACGCCAAACCACGUCUUCCCGGGCUCGGCCUAAGUGCGGAGCUUCCUCCGGUUCCCAGACUCGCGUCGGACGUCAGGAUGCUGGAUAUCGGGUCUGACGAUUCAGAAUUCGAUGACCCGCACGCAGGACCGAUGGCAUUCCGCCCAAGUGCCUUUGCCGUCCACCGUUCCUCGGAGUCAGCGAUCGAACAAUUCAUCUUGAAUGCAGGCAACGCGGAGCAGUUCGACGGCAACGAAAGCAUAGACAAGGCAUUGAAGAAACUCGGUUUGAAUGACCAGCACGAGUUGCUACCGGGCAUGAACAUUCGCCUGAUGCCACAUCAAAUCAUUGGUGUUGCGUGGAUGCUUGGGAAGGAACGCAUACGAGACAAAGGCGGCAUUCUAGCGGAUGAGAUGGGUCUUGGAAAGACUGUGCAAAUGAUUGCGACUCUCUGUAUCAACCGGUCCACGGAUCCGAAGUGCAAGACUACCCUCGUCAUCGCACCGCUGGCGUUGCUAGAGCAAUGGGUAGCCGAGAUAGACUCGAAGACGAACUGUGGCAUGAAAUGUCUUAUUUAUCACGGAUCGAGGAAAGUCAAGACGGUCAGGGAAUUAGAAAAAUACGAUGUUGUAUUGACAACCGGUCAGACAAUGGCCUUGGAAUGGCCAGAUUACGAGGCCGAACAGAAGGCCAAGGAGAAGAAGAGAAAGAGAAAUGAUUUCAUAGAGGAUGAUUCUGAAUCAGACUCCUUCUGCCGCGAUCAGAGGAAAACGAAGAAAACUGAGGGACCUCUCGUUCGCAUGCAGUGGUAUCGAAUCGUUGUCGAUGAGGCUCAGACAAUUCGCAACCGACGAACGCGGGUUUCUCGUGCCGUCACAAGCUUGCAAGCUGAGCGUCGGUGGUGCCUUACAGGGACCCCGAUUAUCAAUACCCUCGCGGACGCGUUCGGCUAUUUACAGUUCUUGAGAAUCCGACCAUGGUAUGACUGGUCGGAGUUCAAUUCACACGUAGCAAUUCUAGAGAAGAGAAAUCCGACAUUGGCUUCUUCUCGUCUGCAAGGUAUUUUCCGAGCCACGCUCUUGAGGCGCACGAAGACGUCGAUGCUGGACGGAAAACGACUCAUAGAGCUUCCUCCGAAAGAGGUGCUGUUGGAGCGGCUCGAGUUUUCGCAGGAAGAACGAGACAUCUACAAAUUCGUAGAAUCCCGGUCGCAGGCCGUGUUCAACAGAUACCUCCAAGCCGGAACCGUGCUGAAGAACUACGCCCACGUUCUCGUCAUGCUCUUACGACUUCGCCAAGUCUGCUCGCAUCCCUGCCUGAUCGCGGAGACUAGCCCGGCAUACGUCAGCUCUGACAACGCCACCAGUCAUCUCAGCGCAGAGUUAGCACGUGCCACUACAAUCAUGGGAGCCAACUUUGUCUCUCGGAUCCAAUUUAAGUUGAAAGAGGCGGCCCUCCGUCGCAUACGCCUCGAAAAAGAAGAAUCUGCCGACGCCACGUUAGAAGACGAAGAAUGCCCUAUCUGCAUGGACGUUCUAUCUGACGCGGUGGUUACGGGUUGCGGCCAUGUCUUCUGUCGUCCCUGUGUUACCGAGGUGCUGAACAACCCUUUGCGAGGCAUCGCAGAUGAUCCCAUGAAUGACAGAUCCGAGGAGCGUCCCUGCCCUUCAUGCCGCGCUCCCAUACGUUCAGCGGAGAUCUUCACUCGGGAAGCCUUCGCCCCGGAAGAGGCUGAUCUCAAUCUUUCAGACGAUGAAGACCCCAUGGAUGUGGAUGACGAUAACAUGUCUGACUUCAUCGUGCCCAGCGACGAUGAUCAAGACGGCGACUUCCGAGCAGGGCCGCCAAGGAGACAGAGCGGGGCUAAGUCUCGGGCUCGCAACAUCAUCCACGACUCAGACAGCGAAGAGGAAGAGAUUGCGAAGGUCGUACAUGGAUCCAGGAAGUCGAUGGCUUCUAAUGGAAAGAUCAAGACAAUGAGUCGCUUCUUGCCCUCGACCAAGAUGAAGGCAAUGAUGGCGAAUAUCAAACGAUGCGCACUGGAACACCCCGAGGAAAAGACUAUGGUCGUUUCGCAGUGGACUUCCUGCCUGGCGCUCGUUUCCGAUUAUCUCAACCAGGAAGGAAUCAAGCAUGUCAAAUACCAGGGAGAUAUGAAGAUCGGGGAUCGCGAGGCAUCCGUUCGCGCAUUCAUGACGAAGGACCACGUCCCGAUCAUGCUUAUGAGCCUGAAGUGUGGAGGUGUGGGUCUGAACCUGACAAGGGCAAAUCGUGUCAUUUCUCUCGAUCUCGGAUGGUCAGAGGCCGUGGAGGCACAGGCUUUCGAUCGUGUGCAUCGUCUCGGUCAAACUAGGCACGUUAACAUACAGCGCCUGGUUAUCAAAGAUACCGUAGAAGAUCGUAUUCUUGCUUUACAAGAGCGCAAGCGCAAUUUGGCUGAUGGCUCUCUGGGCGAAGGCACCGCGAAGAGAAUCCGUUUAUCUGUAAAGGAACUUGCUAACUUAUUCGGCCUGGACACCCGUGGACGCCUGUUGCAGUGAUCGAGCUACGCUGGAGGCACAGAUUGGCAUGCUUCGCACAUUCUUUUAUCCAAUCAUUCCGUUUUCCAUGCUUACCUCCUUCGAUUCUGCUCUGCAAUCCUGAUAGAGAUUAUACCCGGUAUAGAGUACAGCAUUGCUACCACUCUUUCAUCUAGUAAUAUCCGCGGCGACGUCCACUAAUGUAUCGUAUGAAGCUGGUCCCGUAUGAGUAACCUUGUCUUAUCUUCCAUCUCCCCGAAAAUCUUGAGGGCGUCUGCGAGCUUCCGAGUAGCUUCGCUGUCGGCAGCGAGAGCCUGGCGGAGAGCAUCGGCUCCGUUGGUCAGGAAAUCGGUGGACUGAGGUGAAAGUACCGAUGGAGUGUCCGAGUCUACAGGGACGGCGGAAGGGGCGUCAAGGUCCGGGUGAUGAGGCUUCGGGUCAUCCGCAGCUUCGCUUGCAUUCUGCGACGGCGGCUCGGAUGCCAGUUGAUCGAGAACGCCACCAGCCAAAGUGAGAUGAUCGGGAUGAAGAGAAGCGAGAGCAACGACUUCGGCGGAUGUCACAAUACUGGCGGGCAUGACAAGAGUCUUUGAAGAUAAUCUGCGGAAGGUCUUCACGAUGUUGCCGAUGACGGGACUCAUCGGGUGCUCCUUCGCAGUAUCCGUGUACGACUUCCACACAGAGGGCUCGAAAUGAACUCUCAAUUCGUUGAAGUACGGCGCCACGUACAAGCAUCCGGCCUGACUAGCGGCGACGGCUUGCUGCACUGAGAACAGGCAGGUUGCAAGGGUGCGUAUACCUUCUUUCUCAAGAUGGGCCAUAGCAACAAUGCUUUCAGGCGUAGCAGGGAUCUUGAUACACACACGAGACUUGGGAAUUCCUUCCGCCUCGAACAGAGCGACAAGUCGUUCUGCGUGCGCGAUUGUCUUUGGGGUAUCGUACGCGGCGGGAGGCGAGGCUUGCGCGUGCACGCGACCAGUCAGGAACGGAUAGACUUCCUUGGCAAACAAAACGGUCAAGAUAUCCAAGGCAUUCUCCACGAUGUCUUCCUCGCUUCCGCCUUUCGCCUUAGCUUUCGCGACGGCCGUCUUGAGGAUGUCGGCACGCUCCGGCCUCGCAGCCUCAGAGUACACGAUCGCCUGAUUGGACGUCAUGUCACAGAAUUUGCCCCCGACGGCAGGGCUGUGGCGAGCUGCGACCGUGGGGUCCAUCGAGUCGACGUCGAUGGUGAUCUUUGUGCGGAUGUCUUCGAGCAGGGACGAAUGCGACAUGAUGGCUGUCUGCAGUCGAUCGUUCUGGAGGGACGAUCAAGUUCAGGUGGGAUAGAGGAAGUCUGGGGGGACCGAUGCGAAUAUAUGCCCAGCGAACAGAUAACGGGAAGUCGCUGGGACGUCAAGCCGAAGCUCUCUCAUACGUCCUCCGCACGCCCAAUCAGUGUCACCCUGGGCCGUCAUAUGGUCUCUCACGUGACCGCGUCUGGAAUUUUGCCUGCGGAGACCCGGACCGAAAUGAAGAUCGCGCUCUGGGACGACAACGCGAGCUGAACGCGAGGCUUGCGCAAGGAGACGUAAUGACCCAAGCCGCUGGUC